GAGUUGUAAAUAUCAUUCAUUCAAUAAACCGAAUAUGAAUACGUUGUCGUUCCUAUUUUGUUGUUACAGAUGAAUACAUGGUUUUCAAAAUGAUUGAGUUACAAGUGUAAAAUAUCGAUAGUUUUAUUUGUAUAAAUGUGUUUGAAAAAUGAAAUGCGAAGGAAGCACUGAAGAGAACAUUGCACUUGCCAAAGUAUGCAUAAGUUAGUAACACAAUACACACUUUCAAAAAAGUCGAUCAAUCAAAUACCAGAAUACUGAAUUCAAAUAGGAGAUAUGGUAAUGAAUAAUUGUGCCCCCAAUAUAACAGAAUAUCACUCCCGAGGACACCUACAUAUAUCUUUGCGGAUACGCGAAUAUCAUCUUCUGUGUCAUUGGGACGCUUUUCAAUUUAUCGGUAAUUAUGGUAUACUCGCAAAAACACAUGACUACACCAAUGCGCACGAUAAUUGCACAUUUAGCAGCCACCCAAGUGCUCGCAAUUAUCGCAUAUAUGCCACAUUCUUUGCAAGAAUUGAUUCGAGCUCAUGAUAACCCAAUAAUCGAGCAACUGAGAACAGAAAUGUGGGAAAGGUGUUCAUUUUAUUCUUGGCAUUUGACAGCCACAUUCACCCAUAUAUCAUCAUUGCUUACCGUAAUACUAGGAAUUUGGCGGUAUAUGAGUAUCAUUUAUCCAUUGGAGGAACCCAGCUGGUGCAAAACGCGCACUACACGGAUCAUCAUCAUUGUAUGCUACAUUCUGGGUAUAAUGGCCUCUGUACCAGCCUUAUUGGGUACAAGUGUUGAAGAAGAAUCAUUUUGCCACCAUGGCAAAAAUAUAACGAUUCAUCGAUUUCGCCUUCGAAAUACAGAACACAAUUUUGCGUAUAGAGCUAAUUUUCUAUUUUAUGGAAUUUUGUUGAAAACCCUUCCAUCAGUCGUUCUGACUGUAAUUACUUCCAAACUGAUUCUAGCUUUGCAUCGAGCAAAACUUCGCCACGAACAACUGACCGGAUACAUUGUCCGAAAGGAUAAGCAAACAAUUCAGCUUACUAAAAUGUUCCUUAUUGUUUUGGUCCUGUUUUUGACGGGAGAGCUACCCCAUGGAAUAUUCUGUUCACUGACGGCGAUCUACGGCGUGGCAACGAAGAAUACAUUGAACUUGUCUAAAUAAUAAUACGUGGUUUCAAUUCGACAUUCAGAUCAACGCAAAUUACAUCGUCCCAUACUGCAUUCAUCUGAUCGCAUCGAGUACCCGACCACUCAUCAGCCCAGCGAUAAAAUAAGUCAAAUAUGAACUGCUCAGAAGAUGAAUUGCAAUAUUACUCAUACGGCGAUCAAUAUUUAUGCGGUUACACCAAUAUACUCACGUGUAUCAUAGGAGCAUUUUUCCACACAUCCAUCAUAGUGGUAUACACCAGAAAAAAUAUGAUAUCGUCCAUGAACACCGUUCUCGUACAUUCGUCAGCUGUAACUCUGCUCUCAACCAUCGUAUAUCUGCCCCAUUCAUGGCACGAAUUCAUUCGAGCAAAUUUGUACACAAUCGAAAAACACAGGCAAGAAUCCUGGGAAAUAAUUUCGCUCUAUUCGUGGCACUUGAACGCUGUUCUCUCCUACACUUCGACAGGGAUCGCCAUAAUGAUGGGUGUAUGGCGAUAUAUAGCUGUCAUUCAUCCAUUGAAAGAACGUUACUGGUGUAACAUGAGAAACACUCGGAUAGCAAUUGCUGCCUUGUAUGCGGUGGCUAUUGUGGCUCUUAUACCAGCUAUCAAUGAAAUGAAAAUUGUUGAGACGUAUAAAAUACUCGGGCUUGAUGGAUUUAUGGCCAAGAACUGUACAGCUGGCAAUCGAACGAAAAUUUACGAAAUGAAGAUCCAAAUUGAAGAUAACGAUUUCGCCUACUUCGUCACCUUUAUAUGGUAUGGUUUGUUGCUGAAAACGUUGCCAUCUAUUUUUCUCGGUGCCAUCAGUUUGAAACUGAUUUUAGCUCUACGUAAAGCGAAAAAUUUCCGUCAGCAAGUGACCAUUACAAGAUCUCAAAGUAAACCGAAUUCAAGAUCCUCGAAGACUACUCGUACUGAUCCCACUGAUCGCACCACAAAGAUGUUAUUGAUGAUAUUGGCGAUAUUCAUCAUCAGCGAACUUCCAGACGGUAUAUUCUGCACAUUGACUGCGUUCCGUGGUAAAGAGUUCUUCCACAAAUAUUAUUAUCCAUCGUGGGAACUAAUUACCACACUGGUUCAAGUUUGCGAUAAUUUAAAUUUCAUUGUGUUUUAUACGAUGAGUAAUCAGUUCCGAGUUACUUUCAAAGCUCUGUUUCGCAAAAGAAAUGGGGAUAUGUCUGAUUCUCCAGCCAAUACCUAAUGCCCCCUGAAUUUAAACAACGUUUACAUAAGAGUAGGUAGAUACUCGAUUGUUACCUAUUUACUUCAGCAAAAAAUCCAUUCCGUGUUGUUGAGCAUUAUAAUGAAAUUCCAUACCUAUUAUUGUAAUUUAAUUUUUGAUGAUUGUUACCUACUCAUCACAUGUACUUACCUAAUGAUACUUUCUUAUUUGUUAUCCUAAUUACCUAUCUCACAUCGUGAAUAAAAUAUAUCCAUUUUUCUUCAAGAAAAUCAUAUUUCGCUUUAAGAUACGUAUGUAAUACUGG